AUGAAAGAGCGUCUCCCGACCGCGUCGGCUCGAAUCCGCGAAAACCAGCGGCGUUCUCGCGCACGACGCAAGGAGUACACCCAGCACCUUGAGGAACAGCUACGGUCAUUCCAAAGACUUGGCAACCUAUAUUCCAUCGACAACUUCCUCACAACCAACAACUUCCUCACAACCAACAACUUCCUCACAACCAACAACUUCCUCACAACCAACAACUUCCUCACAACCAACAACUUCCUCACAACCAACAACUUCCUCACAACCAACAACUUCCUCACAACCAACAACUUCCUCACAACCAACAACUUCCUCACAACCAACAACUUUACACUCGACGGUGGUACCAAAUGA